GUGGAGAUUGAAUGGAACAUUGAGUGGAAACUGCAUCAAAACAGCAACACAGCUGUUCCCUCUGCCACUACAUUUCCCUUUUCUCGUUCAGAACCAAAGAAGAAACACACUCAACUUUCUGACAGUGUGCCAGUGGGAAAAUCAACACAUUGCAGGCGGCCAGUUCUGUGAGGAUGGAAGGCUGGUGCACAGCGGCAGCAAGCGAUCUGGAAAGCUCACAGGAUGUUCUGGCUCAUAGUGAGGGGAACUGAAUGUAAGGGUCGCGAGGUUAUGCUUCAGUUCUAGAGGAGAUUGGUGUUUCCACAUCUGCAGUACUGUACGGUGUUGCUCAACUAUCCUUAUAGAAGGAUGUUAAUGCGUUGGAAACAGUUUAGAGAAGGUAAAUGUGUGAGAAAGAAGGCAUCAAUGCAGCAGGCACCAGGUCACACUGAAUUGGGCUGAUGUCCUGCAAAACCACAUCAGGAAUGUUGCAGGUCUCUGUACCUCUGAUUCUCUUGAAUCUCGCUCUCUGUGGGAACACCCAAGCUGGACGAGUGGCUUUCUAUGUUGUCCCAGUUUCACCUUUGGAAGGAGAGACACUGGAACUGAAUUGUCAGUGCCAAUACUAUUAUUGGUGGACAAAGCAGGACUUUACCUUUUAUAGAAAUGGAAAGAAGAUCCAUUCAAUGAAGUCUACAACAGAUGAAUCUUCAUAUCACAUUAAAGUAAAAAGCACCAAUGACAGUGGAUUGUACAGUUGCAAAAUUGAUGGGUCAGAAUCACAACAUGUUCACGUUCAAGUUCAAGAACGCUUUGCCAAGCCCGUACUGAGGGUGGAGCCGGCGGCUGAAGUAUUUGAGGGGCUCCGGGUCACGCUGACGUGCAUUGCUCGGAGAGCACGGCGCUCCAUCUGGCUUCACUACACAUUUUACAGAGAUGGCAGCGCCCUGGAGACAGCGCCGGAUGCUGGCGGUGUGUACACGAUCAACGCAGCGGCUGCAAACGUUUCUGGGAAUUACGCCUGUGAAGCGAUCGAGACAAAUUCUGAUCUGAGGAAGAGGAGCGACAAUGUUCACCUUUCCGUUAGAGAGGCAUUCGCUGUCCCUAAGCUGACCGUGUAUCCUGAGGGACAGCUAGUUGAUGGUCAAUGGUUUAAGCUGAUGUGCUUGGUUGAAGAGAAUCUCUCCGAAGCUUCCUUGCGGUACGGCUUUUACAGAAAUGGGAUCCCUAUCCAGUCUCCGUCCGACCACAGCAAUUCCAUCCCUGAGCCAGCUCGUCUGGCCGACUCGGGUACUUACCAUUGCGAAGUUAUGGGCAGUAAGGUGCGGAAACGCAGUAAUCAGCUCCAUUUGUCCAUCAGGCGAAUUCCAGUGUCAAAGCCAGAACUAGUAAUUCAAUCAGGAAAGGAGCUAAUCGAAGGAGAUAUGGCAUCCUUAAUCUGUUCAGUCUCCAAUGGCUCUCUGCCGAUUUAUUACCAAUUCUACAAGGGCUCAAGUGUGGAGCUGUACUGGGAGCUUUCCAACAGUACUAAGCUUGUUUACAACAUUGAAACCAUCAGCAGAAAAGACAAAGGGAUUUACCAUUGCUCGGUGAGAAAUGAGGUGACAGGCCCUUUGCACAGUGAAGACAUAGAGAUCACAGUGAUAGUUCCUGUCUCAGAUGCUGUGCUGAUACCCCGCACCAACGGGACUGAGAUACAGCCCGGGGACCGCCUUGUUCUCCGGUGCCUGGUGAGGGAAGGCACUGAGCCCCAGUUCAUUUGGUACCGAGACAACGUGCCGCUAAGGAACGGCAGUGCGAGCUCCCAUGUGACUGCCGAUGGUGGUGAGCUGGUUAUUCAUUCAUUCCGGAGAGACAGCGUCGGGAGGUAUCACUGUGCAGCGAUCAACACAGGAACCGACGGCACCAUUUUUAACGUGACCAGCGACUAUAUCGAAUUCACGCUGCGAGGUAACAGUGACAGUCAGAUCAGACACAGACAGAGCACAGGGAAAGGCCAUUCGCUCCAUCCAGUCCGUGCCAGUCAGAAACAAUUAACCAUCUCAGUUAGGAAGGUGACGUGAGGUUAUUAAUCCAGCUGCCUGGGUCAUUUUCCCGGGA